AGGAUAAAGGGACAUAAAUGACGAAUGGGCGCAUCACCCUCUUUUGUUCCUUUGAUUUAUAUAUUAAGGGAAUGAAAGGAGACUGCAUGUUGCUCACUGGUGGACAGGACGCGCAGUGCUGUAGACCAACACCCUCACUGAACCCCGGUUUCACUGAGACAGUCUGCAAGCCAAGAGAAUGACUCCAGGGUCCACGUGCGCGUCGGUAGGAAGGAAUGGAACAUUCAAAUCUAACUGGAGUUCAGCAUUAGAUCUCAAGUCUGGAUCCACAGACAUUACCAAAAGCCAGCAAAUCAAAUGCAACAGAGAAAUUGACAUUGACAGCAUAGACUCGGCGACGAAGGAAUGCUCAUCUACCGUCAACGAAGAGAACACAAGAAGUAAAAGAAUUAAGAAAAAGAUGCCAGUUAAAUCAGCUAGCAGACAACGUGGGAAUCGCAGAGUGAAGGCAAAUGACAGAGAAAGGCACCGCAUGCAUAAGCUGAACUCCGCCCUGGAUACUCUGAGAAGCGUGCUUCCAACUUUUCCCGAUGACGCGAAACUGACUAAAAUUGAGACUUUGAGAUUCGCGCACAAUUACAUUUGGGCAUUGUCGGAAACAUUGAGAAUUGCAGACCAUGUUCGGCAAACUUCAAAUCACGAUCGGGAUCAGGAGAACCUCACUGUGCCAAAUGCUUGCAUGGAUACGCGUUAUAGCGCAUGUAGCGCACGCGCGUCCAAAUGGCACUCCACAAACUCAUCAUCAAAUUGGCAAGAAACUCAAGGCUACUACGCUGACAUGUUACUAGAGGGAUUUAACUGCAAUUUUCGGGACAAUCUGACAUUUAAUCUGAUCUGCGAGUAGCAAAGCAAAUCUUGCCCCUUGCUGUAAAGACCACGAUAAGGACAUAUAAAGCAGGUCAUCAUAAGUGUAGAAAUGUUAUUUUCCGUUUAUGCCUUAAGACAAACGUCAUGAUUUAAUCCCUUAAAUUAUACAAAUUAUUUAUUGUAUGUUUCCAGUCAUUUUUAUACGCAAGGGAAGUUUAAACGCAAAAUAACUAUUUUCUUUAGAUUGC